UGGAAAAUGCCUUCCCGAAAUUAAAGGCAUGUGGGGGUUAUGAACUUCUAAGGACACCUCCUGGAAGUCGGAUAUCCCUUGAAGUAAUACCAAUGCCCCCUGGAGGUUUCACUUCAACAUAUCUAGCAGAUGAAAGCUGCCUGCAGGCAGCAGUUUGCUAUCUUAGGCCUAUACAAAAAGACCUUGAUAUCACAACUUGUACUGAAAUGGACGGGGAUCAACCAAGUGAGGCAUGUCUGGAGUGCGGGGAAAACAUUCCAUUACCCCUGUUACGGGAUCAUGUGGAUGGCUGCAAUAAAUUGGAAAUGUCUCCUCCAAGAAAAAGAAACAGAGUUCAGACACAGACUCCAGUUUGCCAGUUUGCCUGUACAAAAAGAGAUGGGUGUAUGUCCAGUUUGCAAUGGCAGUUUUGAAGUGAAUGUUCUGGAAGCACAUGCAUCAGGGUGCGGAAUUGAUACAAUAACAGCUGGGGGUAGUGAAAGCCUGAUGGACCCACAAACCGACUUCGAGUCAGCACUGAAUGACAGAUUUGACAAGAUGGUGUUGGAAGGGUCAUGGCCUAUAAAUGUUGUCCGACGCCAUUUUAAUAACACUGCAAUGGAGGAACUAUCAAAUGGCAACAUAAAAGACUGGGGGAAAAAACUUAAUGUAAAAUUUAUUGGAGAAGAUGGGGUUGACAGUGGGGGGCUCACACGAGAGUUCUUCUCCUUAUUAUUUGAAACAUCUCCUGUGUUUGAAGAUAAUGGUUUCAGCUACAAUGCUGAUCUUCUUGAGAAGAAACAUUACCAACUAAUGGGAAAAGCCACUUCAAUGGCCAUACUACAUGGUCACCCUGGACCUCGAAACUUGAACAGGACAAUUGUUGACUUCAUCCUUGAAAACAAAGAGCCGGAAGAAAUCCCAGAGUGUUGCAUUCAAAAUGCAGAGGUCAAAGCUGCUAUUGAAGAAAUUUCCACUGCCACUAAAGAAACCAUAGGGGACGUAUUUGAAAGACACAGCCAUCUAUUGGAAGCAUCUGGCUACAAGCAACUGCUGUCGGUCAGCAAUAGGGACCGCGCAAUCCGUACCAUGAAAUUUUAUUAUUGCUUUUACAAGUACAUCCCCCCUAUGCUGCAGUUCAUUGAAGGUCUAAAGUUACAUGACAUGCUGUUGCUGCUGACAAAACAUGGAGAGAAUGGUCGGGCACUUCUCUGUUGCGACACCAAGAGUACCUCAAUGUCUGAUGUGCUAGCCUUCUUUGUGCCAAAAUUCUCCAAGUCAGAGCAUGAAAAGGCAGAUGAAGAGAUGAUCGUAUACAACUUCGGCAAAUUCCUGAAGAAAGUUGAAAAUGGAGCCAUCUCCACAGAUUGGGUGAAGAUGAAUAGCUCCGAAGAAUCAUUGAAGGAGGUUACGAUCAACCUUGGUGAUGUUCUGCAAGCCCUUAUAGGAUGCAGACAAAAAGAGAUGGGUGUAUGUCCAGUUUGCAAUGGCAGUUUUGAAGUGAAUGUUCUGGAAGCACAUGCAUCAGGGUGCGGAAUUGAUACAAUAACAGCUGGGGGUAGUGAAAGCCUGAUGGACCCACAAACCGACUUCGAGUCAGCACUGAAUGACAGAUUUGACAAGAUGGUGUUGGAAGGGUCAUGGCCUAUAAAUGUUGUCCGACGCCAUUUUAAUAACACUGCAAUGGAGGAACUAUCAAAUGGCAACAUAAAAGACUGGGGGAAAAAACUUAAUGUAAAAUUUAUUGGAGAAGAUGGGGUUGACAGUGGGGGGCUCACACGAGAGUUCUUCUCCUUAUUAUUUGAAACAUCUCCUGUGUUUGAAGAUAAUGGUUUCAGCUACAAUGCUGAUCUUCUUGAGAAGAAACAUUACCAACUAAUGGGAAAAGCCACUUCAAUGGCCAUACUACAUGGUCACCCUGGACCUCGAAACUUGAACAGGACAAUUGUUGACUUCAUCCUUGAAAACAAAGAGCCGGAAGAAAUCCCAGAGUGUUGCAUUCAAAAUGCAGAGGUCAAAGCUGCUAUUGAAGAAAUUUCCACUGCCACUAAAGAAACCAUAGGGGACGUAUUUGAAAGACACAGCCAUCUAUUGGAAGCAUCUGGCUACAAGCAACUGCUGUCGGUCAGCAAUAGGGACCGCGCAAUCCGUACCAUGAAAUUUUAUUAUUGCUUUUACAAGUACAUCCCCCCUAUGCUGCAGUUCAUUGAAGGUCUAAAGUUACAUGACAUGCUGUUGCUGCUGACAAAACAUGGAGAGAAUGGUCGGGCACUUCUCUGUUGCGACACCAAGAGUACCUCAAUGUCUGAUGUGCUAGCCUUCUUUGUGCCAAAAUUCUCCAAGUCAGAGCAUGAAAAGGCAGAUGAAGAGAUGAUCGUAUACAACUUCGGCAAAUUCCUGAAGAAAGUUGAAAAUGGAGCCAUCUCCACAGAUUGGGUGAAGAUGAAUAGCUCCGAAGAAUCAUUGAAGGAGGUUACGAUCAACCUUGGUGAUGUUCUGCAAGCCCUUAUAGGAUGCAGGUCUCUGCCCAGAAACAUUAAGUCUGGAGAAAUGGAGUUCGACCAUUUGUCUAAUCAAUUAUCAUAUGUAAAUACAUGUGCACCAUCAAUAAUAUUCACAAGAACGAAAGAACUUGUCAACUAUGAAAAACUUGAACACCAUCUGAUUUGUAUCAUUGUUGAAGCUGAAGGCUUUGGAUUAGCUUGAAUGACUGUUGUACAGCACAAUUUAACUCUGACCGGACUCCUUUGCAUUAACAUCUAUUAACGAUUCAUCACACAAUUUUUGGUGAUCAACACCUCACCUACCUUUCAUUUCAGCAGUUUACAUAUGUACAAUUGUAAAAUCCCAAAGGUUGCCUUUCGAAAUUGUAGCUUUAUAUUAUCGAUUUUUUUCUAUGGCAAUAAGCAUAAACAUCUACAUGUAGUGAUUGUGAUAGUGUGAAUUUAAGCACUGUUGUAUAAAUGGGCCUUGUAAAUUUUGGUUAAGAAUUAAGAAUAUUUUUCUGGAAAAUAGUUGCAAUGUGAUAGAUAAGAGGCUAUUCUAAGUAUUAUUGCAUUUUCUGAGAAAUUAAAGCACAAUUCUAUCUUAAGUAUUGAUGUUUAAAACAUCUUUGUGCUUCAAUAAGUCAUAUAGUUUUUUUUUACGUAGAGCUUUCAAACUGUGUAUAUUGGUAGUAUAUCAGACAAGGAGACUGAGUGAAAUAAAAUCUUCA